UUACGUCCGUGUUUGUUUGUACUCCUCUUGUUAAGAGAUUUGCAGGAUUGUGUAUGGAGGAUUUAUGGCCUUGAUUUACGAUCGGUUGUGGUUUGAGCUUCUUCGAUCUCAUAGAUUUUAGAGAGAAGGGCAUGCUUAAAGAUUAGGUUUUUCUUGAGUUGUAUAGGUUUUGGAAAGAAUUCCAAAAAUCUGACGAAGUAAGUGGCUAACUGAACAAUGGAAGCUGAAGUUGGCAUUGGAAAUUGUCUCGCUUGGGCUGCAAGAGAUGUAUCUGGAAUCCUAUCACCUUAUAGGUUUGAUCGCAGAUCUGUUGGAGCAGAUGAUGUUUCUAUAAAGAUAAAAUACUGUGGAGUUUGUUAUGCUGAUGUUGUUUGGACCAAGAACUUGCAUGGUGACUCGAUGUACCCAGUAGUCCCAGGGCAUGAAAUUGUUGGAGUGGUUACAGCAACUGGUCCCAAUGCUGGAGGAUUCAAAGUUGGUGAUCAUGUUGGUGUAGGGACAUUUGUAAAUUCUUGUAUGGAAUGCCAGCAUUGCAAUGACCUCCGAGAGAUCUUUUGCCCCAAGUCAGCAUAUACCUUCAAUUCAAUCGAUUCAGAUGGUACAGUGACGAAAGGGGGAUACUCCAGCUAUAUUGUUGUUCAUCAAAGGUUCUGCUACAAGAUACCUGAUGGCUACCCUUUGGAUAAGGCUGCACCUUUGCUAUGUGCAGGCAUCACAGUUUACAGUCCCAUGAUGCGCCAUAAGAUGAACCAACCUGGUAAGUCCCUGGGAGUUGUAGGGCUCGGUGGCCUCGGUCAUAUGGCUGUGAAGUUCGGUAAAGCAUUCGGUUUGAAAGUAACAGUAUUCAGUACUAGUGAGUCCAAGAAGGAGGAAGCCCUGAAUAUCCUAAAAGCUGACAAAUUUGUGCUUUCAUCAGACAAGCAACAGAUGAUGUCCUUGACACAAUCAUUGGAUUUCAUCGUUGACACUGCCUCCGGCGAUCAUCCUUUUGAUCCUUACAUGGACCUAUUGAAGGUAGAGGGUGUUUUGGUCCUCGUAGGCUUCCCGAGUGAGAUCAAAUUAUCGCCUAGAAGCCUAAACCUCGGCGCUAGAAGUAUAGCUGGGAGCAUAACAGGAGGCACAAAAGAGACACAAGAAAUGCUCCACUUUUGCGCGGCAAACAAAGUAUACCCUGAGAUUGAAGUUAUUAGCAUUUCUUACGUCAACGAGGCUCUUCAAAGACUCAUUAACAGGGAUGUCAAAUAUCGGUUUGUGAUUGAUGUGGGAAACUCUCUCAAUUAGAUGUCAGAUUGAACUAGUGAAUUGCGUGUGAUUAUGUGGUCUUCAGUUGCGAUGCAUCUUUUUCUUCUCUCUUUAGAAGCUGUUGUUGGCAUGAAAACAAUAAUCCUCAUCUAUUUCGAUAAUUCUGUCAACAAUAUGAGUUACUCUUAUACAAGUGAUUGUUUAUUUUUCUUUA